AUGAAGAAGCUCCAGGGAGCUCACCUCAGCAAGCCCAUCAUCCCAGACCUGCUGAUGACCCCCAGUGACCAGGGCGAUGUAGACCUGGACGUGGACUUUGCCGCAGACCGGGGGAACUGGACAGGCAAGCUGGACUUCCUGCUGUCCUGCAUCGGCUACUGUGUAGGCCUGGGGAACGUCUGGCGUUUCCCCUAUCGAGCCUACACCAACGGAGGAGGCGCCUUCCUUGUGCCCUACUUCCUCAUGCUAGCCAUCUGCGGCAUCCCCCUCUUCUUCCUCGAGCUCUCUCUGGGCCAGUUCUCCAGCCUGGGACCCCUGGCUGUCUGGAAAAUCAGCCCCCUCUUCAAAGGUGCCGGCGCGGCCAUGCUGCUCAUCGUGGGCCUGGUGGCCAUCUACUACAACAUGAUCAUCGCCUACGUCCUCUUCUACCUCUUCGCCUCCCUCACCAGCAACCUGCCCUGGGAGCACUGUGGCAACUGGUGGAACACGGACCUCUGCCUCGAGCACAGAGGCUCCAAGGACAGCAACGGGGCCCUGCCCCUCAACCUCACCAGCACCGUCAGCCCCAGCGAGGAGUACUGGAGCCGCUACGUUCUCCACAUCCAAGGCAGCCAGGGCAUCGGAAGUCCUGGGCAGAUCCGCUGGAACCUCUGCCUUUGCCUGCUGCUUGCCUGGGUCAUCGUGUUCCUCUGUAUCCUCAAGGGUGUGAAGUCCUCCGGCAAGGUGGUGUAUUUCACGGCCACGUUCCCCUACCUCAUCCUGCUCAUGCUGCUGGUCCGUGGAGUCACCCUCCCAGGGGCCUGGAAGGGCAUCCAGUUCUAUCUCACCCCCCAGUUCCACCACCUGUUGUCUUCCAAGGUGUGGAUCGAAGCUGCUCUUCAGAUCUUCUACUCCCUGGGUGUGGGCUUCGGGGGGCUCCUCACCUUUGCGUCCUACAACACGUUUCACCAGAACAUCUAUAGAGACACCUUCAUUGUCACCCUGGGCAACGCCAUCACCAGCAUCCUGGCUGGCUUUGCCAUCUUCUCCGUGCUGGGGUACAUGUCUCAGGAGCUGGGUGUGCCUGUGGACCAAGUAGCCAAAGCAGGCCCUGGCCUGGCCUUUGUCGUCUAUCCACAGGCCAUGACCAUGCUGCCUCUAUCGCCCUUCUGGUCCUUCCUCUUCUUCUUCAUGCUGCUGACUCUUGGCUUGGACAGCCAGUUUGCCUUCCUGGAGACCAUUGUGACAGCUGUUACAGAUGAGUUCCCGUAUUACCUGCGGCCCAAGAAGGCUGUGUUCUCGGGGCUCAUCUGUGUGGCCAUGUACCUGAUGGGGCUGGUCCUCACAACGGAUGGGGGCAUGUACUGGCUGGUCCUUCUGGACGACUACAGCGCCAGCUUCGGGCUAAUGGUGGUGGUGAUCACCACGUGCCUCGCUGUCACCCGGGUGUAUGGCAUCCAGAGGUUCUGCCGGGAUAUCCACAUGAUGCUGGGCUUCAAGCCGGGCCUCUACUUCAGGGCCUGCUGGCUGUUCCUGUCCCCGGCCACGCUCCUGGCCCUGCUGGUGUAUAGCAUCGUCAAGUACCAGCCCUCAGAAUAUGGCAGCUACCGCUUCCCAGCCUGGGCGGAGCUGCUGGGCAUCCUGAUGGGCCUGCUGUCCUGCCUCAUGAUCCCAGCCGGCAUGCUGGUGGCUGUGCUUCGAGAGGAGGGCUCGCUCUGGGAGCGGCUCCAGCAGGCCAGCCGGCCAGCCCUAGAUUGGGGCCCGUCGCUGGAGGAGAACCGGACAGGCAUGUACGUGGCCACGCUGGCCGGGAGCCAGUCCCCCAAGCCACUGAUGGUGCACAUGCGCAAGUACGGGGGCAUCACCAGCUUCGAGAACACGGCCAUCGAGGUGGACCGAGAGAUUGCAGAGGAGGAGGAAUCCAUGAUGUGA